AUGGCUACAAUUUCUAUACGAGCCGUCUUCGACCCUACGUGCCCUUGGUGCUAUGUUGGCUCUGUUCGCCUUAUGCGCGCAAUAGAUGCCUAUCGGAGGGCCAUUAGCUCCAGCGACAAGAUUAAUAUAGUAUGGCACUCUUAUCAAAUCGAACCAGAAGCAGUCACUCAGCCUCUCAUGGAAAAGAUGGCAUCAAAAUUUGGCCGAGAACAGCUACCGCGAAUGCAAGAGCAACUGGUAGCGAUGGGCAAAAGAGAUAGUAUCAAACUCUCUUUCAAGUCGACAGUUGGAAAUACGCGAGAUGCUCAUAGGCUCGUUCAAUUCACCAAAUCGAAACAAGGCACUGAGACGGAGCAGCUGUCAACAAGACUUGUCAUGGAGAUUAUGAAGUUAUAUUUUGAAGAAGGUGGAGACAUCACAAGUUUUAAGGAUCUGGGUCUCGCAGCAGAACGGGCUGGCAUUGAUCGAGACGAGGCAAUUGCAUGGCUUGUAAAUGGCGGAGGUGCGGGUGAAGUUCGGCGCGAGGUGGAAGAGGCACAAAGAAUGGGAGUCAGGGGAGUGCCGUGGUAUGAGUUCAAUGGGAGCCGUGUCUUAAAUGGUGCAGCUGAGGAGAGCGUAUUUCUCCAGCGACUCAUUCAGGCCAGCGACGACGCGCCUACAAGCUCUAACUGA